CUGAGUUGGAGUACAAUCAGCUCCGGCGUAGUUGGACUUACAGUACGAUGAAUCUCAACGUUUUUGGACUCUUUUUCAUCGCUGUACUUCACAUCACUAUCCGAACGGCUAGUGCAGAUUAUUGCGGUACCGUGUCCUGCGACGUUGGGACAACUUUCCUUCACAACACAUACUGCUGCACGACGUCCAGCGGAACACUUGAUUGUUGCAAAACCUUCAGUGCAACUCUGUAUCGGUCACUUGGCUUCCUGCUCCACACACUAUGACGUAUCAAAAGGCACGGUAGCCCUACACAGCCUCUUAUGGAAACCAAGGAAAAUUAUUAGAACUGUAUUUAUAGGGUAG